AUGGGAAACUAUACACGAAUAACAAUGUUCAUCCUUGAAGGUUUGACUGAUAAACCAGAAUUGAAAGUUGUGCUGUUUAUCUUCCUGCUUCUGACCUAUUUGCUAAGCAUCACGGGCAAUCUCAUCAUCAUCGCACUCACCCUGGUGGAUAUUCAUCUGAAGACCCCCAUGUAUUUUUUCCUUAGGAAUUUCUCCUUCUUAGAGAUUUCCUACACGACAACAUGCAUCCCUAAAUGCCUAGUUUCUAUGGCAACAGGGGACAAAACUAUUUCCUAUAACUGUUGUAUCACUCAAGUGUUUUUUGCCUUCCUACUUGGAGCAUCCGAGUUUUAUCUGCUGGCAGCUAUGUCCUAUGACCGGUAUGUAGCCAUCUGUAAGCCCUUGCAUUAUACCACCAUCAUGAGCAACAAACUUUGCACACAACUUGUCCUCAGCUCUUGGCUUGCUGGCUUCUUUGUGAUCUUUCCACCACUCCUGUUAGGCCUGAAUCUUGAGUUCUGUGCCUCCAAUGUUGUUGAUCAUUUCUACUGUGACACUACGCCUCUCCUCCAGAUCUCCUGCACAGACACACAGCUCAUAGAGAUGAUGGGGUUUGUCUCAGCUUUGGUGACACUCUUGGUGACAUUGGUAAUGGUGAUAAUAUCCUAUACUUUUAUUGCCCUUACGAUUCUAAAGAUUCCUUCCACUAGCCAGAGGAAAAAAGCAUUUUCCACCUGCUCUUCUCACAUGAUUGUGCUAGCCUUAUCGUACGGUAGCUGUAUCUUCAUGUAUGUCAAGCCAUCAGUCAAACAAAGAGUAUCUUUUUCCAAAGGAAUUUCAGUACUCAAUACCUCAGUUGCUCCACUUUUGAACCCCUUUAUCUAUACAUUGCGGAAUCAGCAAGUGAAGAAAGCCUUCAUUGAUACCACACACAGAAUGGUCUCCUUUAAAAAAUGA